AAAAAUUGGUCUUAUCAGUUUCUUAUCAUGAAGUAGUUUAAUUUUACCGCAAUCGAUCGUUUAAUUUCUCUGUGCUGUAUUUCAUUGAAGUAGUUUUUUCAGUGCCUCAAACUAUCACCCUCUUACCUCUCAGUGAUCGGGUUGCUCAGCAACGUGUUUCCUGUUGAUUUCUGUGCCUCCUCAGUUUUCCUCCCUUCUGAGCAACUUUCACUAUGAAACGUCAAUAAAACACGAAGUGUGCUUUUCUCAACGUAGCACCUGCACCAGCCUUUUUCUCCUGAAUUUUUUCAUAUUAAUAUUUGUCAUCUGCGUAGCUCCUCCUUUUUAUCCCCGGACUGAAAUGCUUCCACUUUCUAGGAGUGUUUUGCCGUUGUUGGAGAGAAAGUUCGCAGAAAUUACAAGUCUCAACGUUGCAAAAAGGAACUUAUCAUGGACUGGCCAAGAGUCUCUGAAAGAAGACGAUCCAGAACUGUGGGCCUUAGUACAAGAAGAAAAACAGAGGCAAUUAAAAGGACUAGAAUUAAUUGCAUCGGAGAAUUUUUGUAGUCGCUCUGCCCUAGAAGCUGUGGGAUCUUGUUUAAAUAAUAAGUAUUCUGAAGGUUACCCGGGGCAAAGGUAUUAUGGUGGAACUGAGGUUGUUGAUAAAAUAGAGCUUUUGUGCCAGAAAAGAGCCUUAGAAGCAUUCCGGGUAUCCCCUGACAAAUGGGGCGUGAAUGUACAGCCAUAUUCUGGGUCACCUGCAAAUUUUGCUGCGUACACUGCCUUACUAAAACCACAUGAUCGUCUUAUGGGGUUGGAUUUGCCGCAUGGUGGACAUUUAACUCAUGGAUUUAUGUCUGAUACAAAACGGGUUUCUGCCACAUCAAUUUACUUUGAGUCAAUGCCUUAUCGUCUCAAUCCUGCAACCGGUGAAAUAGAUUACGAUAAACUCCAUCAAACUGCAGUCCUGUUUCGACCAAAGCUAAUCAUCGCUGGUGCUACUGCAUACUCUAGAUUACUGGAUUAUGCUAAAUUCAGAGAGAUCUGUAAUGACGUCAAAGCAGUGUUGAUGGCUGAUGUAGCGCACAUUUCUGGACUCAUAGCCGCUCAAGUGAUUCCUACUCCAUUUGAUUAUGCUGAUAUAGUCACAACGACAACACACAAAACUCUGAGAGGCCCUAGGUCAGGUAUUAUUUUCUACCGAAAAGGGGUUAAAGGAAAGAACAAAAAAACAGGGGAGGAUAUCUACUACGAUUUUGAAGAAAAAAUCAAUGCAGCAGUAUUCCCUUCGCUUCAAGGUGGUCCUCACAAUCAUGCCAUUGGUGGUGUGGCCAAUGCCUUGAAACAGGCUAUGUCAAAAUCAUUCCAAGAAUAUCAACAGCAAGUCUUAAAGAAUUCCAAAGCCAUGGCUCAGGCGCUCAUAGAACGUGGUUAUCAUCUAAUGUCAGGAGGAACUGACAACCAUCAAGUCUUAGCUAACAUAAUGAAAAGCAGAGGUGUUGACGGGGCCAGAGUGGAAGAAAUCUGCAACAGGGUCCACAUAACAGUUAACAAGAAUGCCUGUUUAGGUGAUAAGUCAGCACUGAUACCCAGUGGCUUAAGAUUAGGAGCUGCAGCUUUGACCUCCAGGCAUUUCAAAGAAUCAAAUUUUGUUGAUGUCGUAGCGUUCCUUGAUCGAGCUAUAAGUAUAGCUGCUGAUGCUAAAGGCAAAUCUGGUUCAAAAUUAAAGGAUUUCAAAGAAUUCAUUAAGAAUGAUAAAGACACACUAGAAAAAAUGCAGCAGCUGAAAAAAGAAGUAGAGGAAUACGCUGAAAACUUUCCAAUGCCUGGAUUCGAAGAUCGCUAACUUAUCGUCUAAAAUUCAUGGUACAUUUUUUUUUUAUUUUAAAAAAAUUAGUCCUAAAUAUUGGACUAUUUUUUAAUGUAAAGUGAAACAUGUCAUAAAGAUAUUUUUAUUUUUGAAAAAUUCCUUCAAAAUAUCUAUAGCUGAUUUCGAAGAAAAUUCUUCUGUUUUGAUUGAAAAUCCAUAAGAACUUUUUUUUUACCGUAAUCGAAGAUUUUGAAGUAUGCUGCAUGCUUAGUUUAUGAUGAGAUUUUGAUAUGUGACUGUAACACCGGUGAUUUUUCUUUUGGACUUAACAAUAUUUGAUUCUCACGUGUGACGUGAGUCCUCCUAAUAGACAUCACACACUGUAUUACCAGGGACGUAUACAUCAACUUCAUUCUACCUUUCGGUUUUAUGAUCAAUAACAGAAGAAUCCCAAAUUUGGCUAUGAAAUAAUUUGAAAAAAUAUCCAUGCAACCGUAUUAUUUAUUAUUUUCUUAUGAAAAAAGAAAAACUUAAAAGUAAUUGUUUUCCAUCUCUGUUGUUAAACAUAAAGAGAUUAAUUUUCAAGUAUAAAAACAGUACCAAAAAGUUUCUUAGAAACAAAACUAAAUGAAGAAAGAGUGAACCAAAAAUAAUCAUUGAAGAAAUUACAAUCUAUUGUUGUAAAUCUGUCUUUAUACUGAAAAAAUUACCAAAAUUCCAUUUUUAAUAGAGUGUGAAAUACAGUAAAAGAGGUGCCUCUUUUGCUGUCAACUGUCAUGACUGAAAAAUUCUUGAGAUAGUAUAAGGAAAUUGUGCCAUCAACCUAAUUUAAUAUGAAAUUUAUUAAUAUGAAUAUAUGGAGUUGAACUCCAUUGGUAUUUUUCCAGUGCUCUUAAUUUAAGUUGUAAAACCUUUGUCAGCUUGUUAAGUUAUUGAAAACUACAGUGAAUUUACAGUAUUUUUUAAAAGUCGAAAAUUUUGUAACAAUUUUUUAAAAUUUGAUUUAGAAAUGAAUAAGGAUACUCAGAUCGCUACUGUAUCUUUAAUUUUGAAAAAUGAUGUACCUAUUGUCUUCAUUCAAGAAAUCAAAAUUAAAAUAAAUACUCCGCUGGCUA